AUGCUCUUCACUAUGAAAGUUGUGGGACAUGUUCUGAUUUGGAUAGGAUCGCUAACGUUCGCUAUAAUUCCUUGGGUGCAUAGAGGAAGCAUUAUAGAAAAAUACAGAUUUGAAUCUGAUUAUCCGACGUCGCCGCUGUCAGACUACAAAUGCCACGUUUUAAAAUGGGGUGAAUGGUCUGAAUGCAGAACAAAUGAUGAAGGAGAUAUUACAAAAAGGCGCGAACUGUUUGGGCCUUGCUUGAAAAAAAAGUACUUCGAUGAAGCGCCGUGUAUAUGCUCAGUGAAUGAUUGUCCAUCCAUCGAGCUUUUUGAGAAUCUUAGCACAGAAAACUGUACAUGGGCUGAUGAGGAGGUGUGCACAGCCAUUACCGGUACUUCUGUGGAAUAG